CCGUUUUAGUACAGUGUGACCCUCACGGACCCGACAUGCGUCUCUAACCCACGUUAAAGUGAAAUGUUUAUUUAUUUCAGCGACUAGUCGGACAUUUCAGCGUCCAGCGUCGGCGUUUCAGCGUCCAGGCGGGUCCAGCGCUGCUGUAACGCAGAUAUCGCACUGUGAAUCAUGCGGUUGACGUCUUUGCUCUCGAUGGCAGCGAAGGCUGCGUUUCCUCACGACUAUCGCUUCGGAACGAACCGCCCGUGGACGGUAGCUGCCCGGAGACUCAACCCGCCGGGCAAGAAGAGAAGAAAGGUCUUCGUUGAGCCUGUGGCCAAUGAGGACUGGUCUGUGUUUAGGGGUGAUGUGGUGGAGAUUCUUUCUGGAAAAGAUAAAGGAAAACAGGGAAAAAUCACUCAGGUCUUCCGGCGCCGGAACUGGGUUAUCGUUGAGGGUCUCAACACGCACUACAGGUACGUCGGCAGGUCUGGAGAUUACAGAGGGGCGUACAUCGCUAAUGAAGCUCCUCUGCUGCUGAAGGACAUCUCCCUCAUCGACCCUACAGACAGGAAGCCCACAGAGACGCAGUGGAGGUUCACUGAGGAGGGCGAGAAGGUGCGCGUUUCAGCCAGAACAGGACGGAUCAUCCCCAAACCGCUGUUCCAGAGAAAGGACGGCAUCAUUCCCCAGCAGUGGAAAGAUGGUCCGAAAGAUACGUCGCCCGAAGACGCCCUUCAGAAAACAUUCACGCCGUCGCUGAAGACGCUGGAGGAGGAGGUGUUGGAGAAAAUGAACAUUCAGGAAGACAGGAGGCCCAGAAGUAGCUACUGGUACUGAAGUACGGAACCAGAACGGACUGAGGAUGGUUCUUUUGUUUCGUUUGUUUUUUGUUCAACAUGAACAAGAUGAUGAUGUUUGAAAAGGAGUGACGGUGAAUGUUGGUGUAUUUGUGUGUUCACAAUAAAACGACUGCAAGUCUUCAUAUAUGGGA